AGCCAUGUGUGUUUUCAUAUGUUUUUUUUAAAAUAAUUUGUUAAUUUGUUUUUAUCUUUGAAGGAAAAAGAGAACUCAGCAAGCACAAAUGUCCAAACUUAGACAGAUAUUUCCAGAAGACAAAUAAAACUGAUAAGAAACCAACUUAUUCGCUCUGUUCGUUUUGAAACGACGGUAAAACCAUGAGUUUGUUCGGUGCUUCUUCUCCUCCAUGGGUUCUAAGGACCUCUCUUCUCACAACACCCUCUUCUUCUUCAUCUUCUUCUUCAAAAUUCUCAAAAUACCAAUCAUGCCCUUCUCCUCGCCUUUUAUGCCGCGCCCAAGCCAACGUAGGCAGUGACUUCAAAUUCGUUCUUCACGAUGCUCUCGAUUCCUCUGGAACCCCCACCUCCCUCGCCAGGGAGGCUAGGGAGGGGUUCUGCUCACAAAUUCGCCAUCUAUCUGGUAUAGAGAGGCAAACCAGCAUUAGCAUCAAUAGAUGUGUUGAUCUGGGGAAAACAGCUCUUUACAUUGCAGCAGAGGAUGACUCCCUUGUGUCACAUUCGUCAGUUCCGCUUCCAGUGGAUGCUUUUAUCAGUAGAUUUGGUGAUCUUUCCAUGGACUAUUGUUCUCACUACAACUCUUCAUUCAGAUCCUCUCCUGAGAGAUUGUUGGAGAGUUUGGAAAAUUAUUUGUACGUAAACAAGGCUUUCCGAAGAACCAAUGCAAGGCAUCACUCCGAACCACGAGCUCUUUAUCUCCACUCGGUUUUGACACAUCGUUCAGGAUCACCAGCAAUGCUUUCACUAAUAUACUCAGAAAUUUUGAAAAUGCUUCGCCUAUGGGGAUUUUUGGAUUUUGAUGUGGAGAUAUUCUUUCCUCACGAUCGUCAUAGUCUUCCCAGAGGUUAUCAUAAACAGAAAAGCAAGGAAUCUGAUAAUGCACACAUAUUGACAUCACAAGGCCUUUUGGUGGAGAUUUUAAGAAAUUUGAAGGAUGCAUUCUGGCCAUUUCAGCAUGAUCAACCAGGGAAUUUAUUCUUGAGGGCAGCACGUGCUGCUAACUUCAUUGAUAGAUCAAACAUUAAUGAAGACAGUGGUUUUCAGCUGGCAUCUGCUAAGGCUGCUCAACAUAGACUAGAUCGUGGUGUUUGGACUAGUGUACAUUUUGGGGAUAUGAGGCGUGCCUUAUCUGCAUGUGAACGUCUUAUUCUCCUGGAAGCUGAUCCAAAGGAAUUAAGAGACUACAGCAUUCUUCUGUACCAUUGUGGAUUUUAUGAACAAUCACUUGAAUAUUUAAAGCUGUAUCAGGACACAAAGAGUCGCCCACUACGGAGGCAACCAUCCGAUUCAUUAGCCAUUCUUGAGGAUGAUGCUGUGGAGAAAUUGAUGAUACGCCUUAACCUAAUUUUGAUGGAGGAUGGUUGGAGCAGGCCGUCAUAUGUUAGAAAUUUUCUUGGUAAUAACUCUGAACCAUGGUAGUGCUUCAUGUACAUUAUUGCCGAUAGCAGCACAAAUCCCAAUCAGGAGGAGGUUCAUGUAAAGUGGGAAUAGAGGCACUUAAUUGAACUUCAUCCCAGAAAAGUUUUGUCAGGUGACAUGUCUUAUCUUGUGUAAAUUGAUGUAUAUAACAUGUUAUUUUUAUUCUCAGUAACAAAAUGUUACUUUAGUUGUGAUGAGUAAUAGUAGAUUAUGUGGAAUCUUAAAAACAGAAGACUGAUCUCUUGUCAAAUAUGUUGUGAACUUGUGAGAUCUUUGUUUACA